UUACAUUACACCUAAAACUCGUAACUCUUUCUUCUAAACUAUAACGUAAAACAAGAAAUGCAUCAUCACAGAUUCAGAAACCUUCCAAGUUUCUGUUUCUGAACAAUCUUAAUAUUGUGUCUUUUUUUUUUCUUCCAUCUUGUUUUGUAUUUGGUUUUCCGAUGGAUUUCCGGAAGCCCUUUAGCUUUCAUGGCUCGUACAAACAGAUUAUAAGAACCGGAGAUCAAACCGAGAAGAAGAAGAAGAGUAAACUCCCAAUUCUUGACGAUUACAUCGCCAAAACGCAGAGCGCUGGUUCUAGCUUUGACGGCAAGAAAGCAGCCAUGGGGAGAGAUUCCAGCGAAAAGUUCUGGCAAGACAUCGUAACCGAUGAUCAAGCUCGAAACCGGAAGAGAGGGAGUUUCGAUUUCCCGCGAUACCGAGAUGAGAUCACACUCGAUGUGGACGACGAGGAAACAGAGGAAAUCAGCAACAACAACACACCAGCUUCCGGUUUAGACGGGUCUAAAGAAACGAGAGUCUCUUUCAAAAUCAACAGUUCUCCAGGUACCAAUAACAAUUUGUCCGGUUCGGCUCGUUCUUGUACGUCCUCGACUUCUUUUUCCUCGGCGACAAUGCGGAUAAACUUAGACCAGCAAGAUCAGGACGAAGAGGUUGUAAUAAGAUGCUCAUCGAUGAGGAAAACAGAGCUCGUCUCCAGGGCGAAAGCAAGAUCGAGGCUGAUAGAUCCGCCUCAAGAAGAGGAACAGCAGUUUUCGAGUUGGAUGGGGACAUCAGAUCAGUUAAGAUCCGGUUUACUUGGGAGACAAUCAAGUAUCGAGGAAGAAGACGAUUCAUUGGCUGAAGAAGAUGUUCCGGAGGAAUAUAGAAGGUCAAAAAUGGACGCGAUCACGCUGCUUCAAUGGCUGAGCUUGAUCGCAGUCGUAGUUGCGUUAGUGUUGAGUUUAGGGAUUCAUUCUUGGAGACACACGACUCUUUGGAAGCUUCACUUGUGGAAAUGGGAAGUGGUCUUUCUUGUUCUCAUCUGCGGGAGGCUGGUUUCGGGAAUGGGGAUCCGAAUCAUCGUCUUCUUUAUAGAGAGAAACUUCCUCUUGAGAAAGCGGGUUCUUUACUUCGUGUACGGGGUGAAGACGGCUGUUCAGAACUGUCUCUGGCUAGGGCUUGUUAUCAUCACGUGGCAUUUCUUGUUCGACAAGAAAGUAAAGAGGGAAACACAGAGCGAUGUUCUGCUUCUUGUGACCAAGAUCUUAACGUGUUUCUUGUUGAGCACUAUCUUGUGGUUGGUCAAGACAUUGGUUGUUAAAGUUCUAGCGUCUUCGUUCCACGUUAGUACCUACUUUGAUCGGAUUCAAGAAGCUCUGUUUCAUCAUUACUUGAUCGAGACGUUAUCUGGACCUCCAAUGCUUGAGCUGAGCAGGAUCGAAGAGGAGGAAGAGCGAGCACAAGAAGAGAUCUUCAAGAUGCAGAAAGGAGGCGCCAAUUUAUCACCGGACCUUUGUUCCGCUGCGUUUCCGCCGGAAAAGAGCGGAAGCGUGAUGACCGGCGUGAAGCUCUCUCCGAUCAUCCCAAAGACAGGAACUGAUAACGGAAUCACAAUGGAUGAUUUGCAGAGGAUGAAUCAGAAGAACGUUUCGGCUUGGAACAUGAAGAGGCUGAUCAAGAUUGUGAGAAAUGUUUCUCUGACUACAUUGGACGAGCAAGCGCUACAAAACACAUCUGAAGAUGAAUCAAUCAGGCAGAUACGUAGCGAAAAGGAAGCUAAAGCAGCUGCAAGAAAGAUUUUCAAGAACGUGGCUCAACGUGGAACAAAAGAAAGAAGAGCACUUGCGCUAACACUCAACGACACUAAAACCGCAGUGAACAAACUCCAUCAGAUGAUUAGUUUUCUCACUGCUAUUGUCAUUGUAGUCAUCUGGCUAAUCUUUCUUGAGAUCAUCACUUCCAAGAAUCUACUCUUCUUAACUUCACAAGUUGUUCUCUUGGCCUUCAUGUUCGGGAACACACUCAAGACAAUCUUCGAGUCAAUCAUCUUCCUCUUCAUCAUUCACCCUUACGAUGUUGGUGAUCGGUUAGUGAUCGACACUGUUGAGAUGGUGGUGGAGGAAAUGAACAUUCUCACAACAGUGUUCUUGAGAGCUGACAAUCUGAAGAUUGUGUAUCCGAAUAUUCUUCUGUGGAUGAAAGCAAUCCACAAUUACAAUCGUAGUCCGGACAUGGGAGAUGAAGUCCAGUGCUGUCUCCACAUUACUACUCCUCCUGAAAAGAUUGCCGCAAUCAAACAAAGAAUCUCAAGCUACAUUGAUAGCAAACCAGAGUAUUGGUACCCGAAAGCCGAUAUCAUUGUAAAGGACGUGGAGAAUCUGGACAUUAUCAGGUUAGCAAUAUGGCCGUGUCAUAAGAUUAACCAUCAGAACAUGGGAGAGAAAUUUACAAGAAGAGCCUUGUUGGUUGAGGAGGUGAUCAAAAUCUUGCUUGAACUCGACAUUCAGCACCGGUUUCCUCCGCUUGACAUCAAUGUCAAGACCAUGCCUACGGUUGUCUCGAGUAGAGUCCCACCUGGCUGGUCGCAAAACCCAGCUUCAGAAUAAUGGAGCUGCAUGGUUUAUUAGAUAGGUGUAACAUGAGUCUGC